CGAGCCGCAGUGUCCCCGCGCCGCGGCCCCAGCGCAGCCGCCGGGCGCAGGGAGGAGGCGGAGGAAGAGGAGGAGGAGGAGGAGGGAGGAGGAAGGAGGAGGAGGAGGAGGAGGGCGGCCGCGGCCCUUCCGCGCCCCUCCGCCGGCCAGCAUGGGAGCGGGCGGCCGCGGCGCCAGGUGCUGACAACGCUGGGGAGACGCCGCGGGUCCUGCUGAGCCGGAGCCUUCCGGCUGGGGCUGAAGGCCGCUGCAGAGGAUGAGGAUCCUUCCCAGCCCUGGGAUGUCUCCGCUGGUCUCCCUCCUGAACCUCCUGUCUGUGCUGCUCGUAGGCUGCGUAGCUGAAAGUCCCCCUGUGUUCAUUAAGAAACCUGUGGACCAAAUUGGUGUGUCAGGAGGGGUGGCCUCCUUUGUCUGCCAAGCGACUGGAGACCCAAAGCCACGUGUCACCUGGAACAAGAAAGGGAAGAAAGUGAACUCUCAGAGGUUUGAGACAAUUGAAUUUGAUGAAAGUGCAGGUGCUGUUCUGAGGAUCCAGCCCCUCCGCACUCCCCGGGAUGAGAACAUUUACGAGUGUGUUGCUCAGAACCCUCACGGGGAGGUCACCGUCCAUGCCAAGCUCACCGUCCUCCGAGAGGACCAGUUACCUCCUGGCUUCCCAAACAUUGAUAUGGGGCCCCAGCUGAAAGUGGUGGAGCGGACACGAACAGCCACGAUGCUCUGUGCAGCCAGUGGGAACCCAGACCCAGAGAUCACUUGGUUUAAAGAUUUCCUGCCCGUGGACCCCAGUGCAAGCAAUGGGAGGAUAAAACAACUGAGAUCAGGUGGCCUCCAGAUCGAGAGCAGCGAGGAGACAGACCAGGGGAAGUACGAAUGCGUGGCCAGCAACAGCGCCGGAGUGCGCUACUCCUCCCCUGCUAACCUUUAUGUGAGAGAGCUACGAGAAGUUCGCCGGGUGGCCCCUCGCUUCUCCAUCUUACCCGUCAGCCACGAAAUCAUGCCCGGGGGCAACGUCAACAUCACCUGCGUGGCCGUGGGUUCGCCCAUGCCCUACGUCAAGUGGAUGCAGGGAGCCGAGGACCUCACGCCUGAAGAUGACAUGCCCGUGGGCCGUAAUGUGCUGGAGCUCACGGAUGUCAAGGACUCAGCCAACUACACGUGUGUGGCCAUGUCCAGUCUGGGAGUCAUAGAAGCCGUUGCUCAGAUCACGGUGAAAUCACUCCCCAAGGCUCCUGGGACGCCCAUGGUGACAGAGACAACAGCAACAAGUAUCACCAUCACCUGGGACUCUGGAAACCCAGACCCUGUGUCCUACUAUGUCAUUGAGUACAAGUCUAAAAGCCAGGAUGGACCGUAUCAGAUCAAAGAAGACAUCACCACCACGCGCUACAGUAUUGGGGGGCUCAGCCCCAACUCUGAGUACGAGAUCUGGGUCUCUGCAGUCAACAGCAUCGGGCAGGGGCCUCCCAGCGAGUCCGUGGUCACUCGCACUGGUGAACAAGCUCCUGCCAGUGCCCCCCGUAACGUGCAGGGCCGGAUGCUGAGCAGCACCACCAUGAUCAUCCAGUGGGAAGAACCGGUGGAGCCCAAUGGGCAGAUCCGGGGCUAUCGUGUGUAUUACACCAUGGAGCCUGAUCAACCCGUCAGCAACUGGCAGAAGCACAACGUGGACGACAGCCUCCUGACCACGGUGGGCAGCCUGCUUGAGGAUGAAACGUACACGGUGCGGGUGCUGGCCUUCACCUCCGUGGGAGAUGGGCCUCUCUCCGACCCCAUCCAGGUUAAGACACAGCAAGGAGUUCCCGGGCAGCCGAUGAACUUCCGAGCAGAAGCCAAGACAGAAACGAGCAUCGUGUUGUCGUGGAGCCCUCCCCGCCAGGAGAUCAUAGUGAAGUACGAGCUCCUCUAUAGGGAAGCAGAGCACGGCAGGGAGGUGCAGAAGAACUUCGAGCCAGCGACCUCCUUCACUGUGGAAGGCCUGAAGCCCAACACUGAGUAUGUCUUCCGCCUGGCCGCCCGCUCGGCUCUGGGCCUGGGGGCCUUCACCCCGGAGGUCAGAGAGCGCACCUUGCAGUCUAAACCGUCUGCCCCCCCUCAAGAUGUAAAAUGUGUCAGCACCAGAUCCACCGCCAUUCUGGUAAGUUGGCGGCCGCCUCCGGCCGAAAGCCAAAACGGAGUCCUGGCUGGAUACAGCGUCUACUAUCGAGCGCUGGACUCGGAGGACACGGAGCUUAAGGAGGUGAAUGAUAUCCCCCCAACCACCAGUCAGAUCCUACUGGAGUCCCUGGAGAAGUGGACAGAGUAUCGCAUCACUGUCGUGGCUCAUACGGAGGUGGGGCCGGGCCCGGAGAGCUCGCCGGUUAUCGUCCGGACAGAUGAAGAUGUGCCCAGCGCGCCGCCUCGCAAGGUGGAGGUGGAGGUGCUCAACUCCACCGCGAUCCAAGUGUUCUGGCGCUCCCCAGUCCAGAGCCGCCAGCACGGCCAGAUCCGCGGCUACCAGGUCCACUACGUGCGCAUGGAGAACGGAGAGGCCCGGGGGCUGCCCCAGAUCAAGGACAUCAUGCUGGCUGAUGCCCAGUGGGAAACAGAUGACACUGCAGAAUACGAAAUGAUCAUUGCUGGGCUCCAGCCUGAGACUUCCUAUUCCAUCACUGUUGCCGCCUACACCAUGAAGGGAGAUGGUGCUCGCAGCAAACCAAAAGUGGUCACCACGAAGGGUGCAGUCCCAGGGAAGCCCAUCCUGUCUGUGCACCAGACAGAGGAGAACACUCUUCUGGUCAAAUGGGAGCCUCCAUUGGAUGCAGAAGGCCAGGUGAUGGGCUACCGGCUCCAGUUUGGCCGCAAGGAUGUUGAUCCCUUGGCUACCUUGGAGUUCACAGCCCUGGAGGAUAAGUACACUGCUCCCAGCAUCCACAAAGGCGCCACGUAUGUUUUCAAGCUGGCCGUGAAAAGCCGGGCUGGCUUUGGGGAGGAAGCUGUGCAGGAACUCACCACCCCUGAAGACAUCCCCAAGGGUUACCCCCAAAUCCUCGAGGCGAGCAACAUCACUUCCAUGUCGGUCCAGUUUGGCUGGCUCCCGCCCGUGCUGGCCGAGAGGAACGGAGCCAUCGUCAAAUACACCGUGGCCUACCGGGAAGCCGGUUCUCCUGGCAACCUGCUGGAGAAAGACCUGCCCCCCUCCCCAGAGAACUCCUACACCCUCAACGGCCUCAAACCCAACACCGCCUAUGAUGUUAAAAUCCGGGCUCACACCAGUAAAGGCCCUGGGCCAUACAGCCCCAUUGUCCAGUAUCGGACGUUCCAGCUGGAUCAAGUUUUACCCAAAAACUUCAAGGUGAAGAUGGUCACAAAGACAUCUGUCCUUCUGAGCUGGGAGUUCCCUGAGAACUACAACUCUCCCACCCCAUACAAGAUCCAGUACAACGGGCUGAACGUGGAUGUGGACGGCCGCACCACCAAGAAGCUCAUCACCAACCUGAAGCCCCGCACGUUCUACAACUUCGUCCUGAUGAGCCGGGGCAAUAGCAUGGGGGGGCUGCAGCAGAACGUGGCGGCCUGGACCGCUGCUGACAUGCUGUCCAAGAAGCCAGAGGUGACCUAUAAACCUGAUGCUGAUGGCAACGUGGUGGUGAUUCUCCCAGAUGUGAAGAGCUCGGUGCCUGUCCAGGCUUUUUACAUUGUAGUGGUGCCUCUAAGGAAGUCCCGAGGAGGACAAUUCCUCAACCCCUUGGGCAGCCCGGAGGAGAUGGACCUGGAGGAGCUCGUGCAGGACAUUGCCAGGCUCCGGCGCCGAAGCCUGCGUCACUCCCGACAACUGGACUUCCCCAAGCCCUACAUCGCCGCCCGGUUCCGCUCCCUCCCGUCCCACUUCAUCCUUGGGGACAUGAAGCACUACGACAACUUUGAGAACAGAGCCCUGGAGCCAGGGCAGAAAUACGUCAUCUUCAUCCUGGCUGUGCUGCAGGAGCCCGAGGCUACUUUUGCUGCUAGUCCAUUCUCUGACCCCAUCCAGCUGGACAACCCUGAUCCACAGCCCAUCAUUGAUGGAGAGGAAGGGCUGAUCUGGGUCAUCGGGCCCGUCCUGGCCGUCGUGUUCAUCAUCUGCAUUGUCAUUGCCAUCCUGCUCUACAAAAACAAACGGAAGGAUUCGGAGCCGCGGACAAAAUGCCUGCUGAACAACGCCGAGAUCACCCCGCACCACCCAAAGGACCCUGUGGAAAUGAGGCGCAUCAACUUCCAGACCCCAGAUUCUGGUCUGAGCAGCCCUCUCAGUGACCCUGAGUUUGACUUUGAAAGUAUGCUCAGCCACCCACCAAUCCCUGUUUCCGAGCUGGCUGAACACACAGAGCAUCUCAAAGCUAAUGAUAACCUGAAAUUGUCCCAAGAGUAUGAGUCCAUUGACCCUGGCCAGCAGUUCACCUGGGAGCACUCCAACCUCGAAGUGAACAAGCCCAAAAACCGAUACGCCAACGUGAUUGCCUACGACCACUCGCGCGUCAUCCUGCUGCCCAUCGAAGGGAUUGUGGGCAGUGAUUACAUUAACGCCAACUACAUUGAUGGCUAUCGGAAGCAGAAUGCCUACAUUGCCACGCAGGGGCCUCUGCCAGAGACCUUUGGAGACUUUUGGAGGAUGGUGUGGGAGCAGCGUUCAGCCACUAUUGUUAUGAUGACUAAGCUGGAGGAGAAAUCACGGAUAAAGUGUGACCAGUACUGGCCAGGCCGAGGUACAGACACCUAUGGGAUGAUUCAGGUGACGUUACUCGACACCAUUGAAUUGGCCACGUUCUGCGUUCGAACGUUCUCCCUUCAUAAGAAUGGCUCCAGUGAGAAGCGGGAGGUUCGCCAGUUCCAGUUCACAGCGUGGCCUGACCACGGGGUCCCCGAGUACCCAACCCCGUUCCUGGCCUUCCUGAGACGGGUGAAGACCUGCAACCCCCCUGAUGCCGGUCCCAUCGUGGUGCACUGCAGCGCGGGCGUUGGACGGACCGGCUGCUUCAUCGUGAUCGAUGCCAUGCUGGAGAGGAUAAAGCACGAGAAGACAGUGGACAUUUACGGGCACGUCACCCUCAUGAGGUCACAGCGCAACUACAUGGUGCAGACAGAGGACCAGUACAGCUUUAUACACGAUGCCUUGCUUGAGGCUGUUGCCUGUGGCAACACGGAGGUCCCAGCCAGGAAUCUCUACACCUACAUCCAGAAGCUGGCACAGAUCGAGGCCAGAGAGCACGUGACAGGCAUGGAGCUGGAGUUCAAGCGCCUCGCCAACUCCAAGGCUCACACCUCCAGGUUCAUCAGCGCCAACCUCCCCUGCAACAAGUUCAAGAACCGCCUGGUGAACAUCAUGCCCUACGAGACCACCCGCGUCUGCCUCCAGCCCAUCCGAGGGGUGGAGGGCUCCGACUACAUCAAUGCCAGCUUCAUCGAUGGCUACAGGCAGCAGAAGGCUUACAUUGCCACUCAAGGGCCCCUGGCAGAGACCACAGAGGAUUUCUGGCGGAUGCUGUGGGAGAACAACUCCACCAUCGUGGUGAUGCUGACGAAGCUGCGGGAGAUGGGGCGGGAGAAGUGCCACCAGUACUGGCCAGCGGAGCGCUCGGCCCGGUACCAGUACUUCGUGGUGGAUCCCAUGGCUGAGUACAACAUGCCCCAGUACAUCCUGCGGGAGUUCAAGGUCACUGAUGCCAGGGACGGGCAGUCCCGGACCGUGCGGCAGUUCCAGUUCACGGACUGGCCCGAGCAGGGCGUGCCGAAAUCAGGAGAGGGGUUCAUCGACUUCAUCGGCCAGGUCCAUAAGACCAAGGAGCAGUUCGGCCAGGACGGCCCCAUCUCUGUCCAUUGCAGCGCUGGCGUGGGCAGGACCGGGGUGUUCAUCACGCUGAGCAUCGUCCUGGAGAGGAUGCGUUACGAGGGUGUUGUAGAUAUUUUCCAGACAGUCAAGAUGCUGCGAACACAACGACCUGCAAUGGUGCAGACAGAGGAUGAAUACCAGUUCUGUUACCAGGCAGCUCUGGAGUAUCUGGGAAGUUUUGAUCACUAUGCAACAUAAAAAGCCAUCCGUUGUGCAGACUUUACCAACCACUUAAGUCCUGGAAGGCCUCUUUUGACCCAGGAGGAGUGCUUGAACUUACAAAACUGAAUCAGAAGAAGUACCUUUUCAUCUGGACAAUGCAUUGGGGAGCAGGGGGAAGGACUGAGAGGAACACCCACCCCUUCAGGAACUCCAUGUUGUAACCUGGACCGUGAAGAGGCAGCUCAGGAGGUUGCUGAAGGACUGCUUGAAGUGGUGACCUGCUCUUGUUACCUCAAGUGGUGUUCGCUGGGGAGGACGUACGAACAGCAGGAGGCAGAUCCGAAAGCUAAAACACACCUUGGCGACGUGAGCGCUGGAGAAGGGAAGGAACCGACUUUGGUUACACCAUUAGAGUUCAGUUCAUUUACUAAUAUAGUUGGCAGGCUUUAAAGGAAGUCACUCGCAGAAUGGAAGGGGUUCUGUAACAGAUAAGGAACUAAAUCUCAACCCUUAGGGUCAGGAGUUCUUCUAGCUGGAGUCUUAAUAACCUCAGUAUCAGCACUGGGAUGAUUCUGGGCUUACAGGCACCUUGCAGACAGCCCCUGCCCCCCUGUGAUGUUUUAUAGCUCACCUUUGGAAUACUUGGAACAUUCCUCAUUUCUUCUAAUUCCAAAACUUCUUUUUUAGGAUAUUUAAAACCCCCCAGAGAGAGCGAGAGAGGCGCGAACCCAGCCCUGCCUGGGCUCGGUGCCCCCUC